AGCGCCACGUCUCCCACCUUAUAUCCCACCACCACCACCAUGGGCGCCGCAUCUUCCAGACCCGAGACCGAGUCGAGCUCGUCGCAGUCCGACAAGUCGUACGAGAAGCAGCGCGUCGCCGUAGACUCCCUCCCCGCGCGCAUGGGUGCCCUCUCGCUCGAUGGCGCGCUCUCCCUGCAGAACCUGGAGUCCUGGGAGAGCGACGUGUCCGCGGACCCCAAGGCGCAGCUCGCACGCACUAUCCUCGCGCACAACGACAUCCGCACCGCGCUCAUCUCGCGCAGCGCCAAGGUCGCCGACUCGCACGUCUUCAACACCCAGAUCGACUUCAAGUCGGGGCCGGUCACGAACCAGAAGAGCUCCGGCCGCUGCUGGCUCUUCGCCACGACGAACGUGAUCCGGUACGAUGUGAUGAAGAAGCUGAAGCUCAAGGAUUUCCAGCUGUCUCAGAGCUAUCUGUUCUUCUACGACAAGCUGAACAAGUGCAACUACUACUUGGAGUCAUCGAUCGAGCUUGCGGACCGCCCGCUUGAUGACAGGCUCGUCACUCACCUUGCUGGCGACCUCAUCAGCGAUGGUGGUCAGUGGGAUAUGGCUGUCAACAUCCUCGAGACCUACGGCGUCGUCCCUCAAGCCGCCUACCCGGAGUCCUUCCACUCAUCGCUCUCUUCGCCUUUGAACAACUUGCUCUGCAAGAAGCUCCGGGAGCAUGCCCUCAUCCUGCGCAGGCUCGUCGCGUCGCUUCGCGCCGACUCUAGCCUCAGCGAGUCGAGCAUCCUUGCUGUCGUCCGCUCGAAGAAGGAGGAGCUCAUGAAGGAGAUUUACACCAUCAUGACUGCCACUUUGGGCGUCCCGCCCAAGCCGGAUGACAAGAUCUCAUGGGAUUACUACGAUGAGGAUGGCAAGGCUGGUCACUGGGAGGGUACCCCGAAGCAGUUCCUGAAGGCGUUCAGCUCGAAGGCAUACCCCCCUGCCGAGUCCUUUUCGCUCAUCAACGACCCGCGCAACCCGUACAGCAAGCUCUACACCGUCGACAGGCUCGGUAACGUUUGGGGCGGUCGUCCGGUGUCCUACGUGAACACCGAGAUCGAGCGCAUGAAGGACGCCGUCGUCAAGAUGAUCAAGGCCGGCCAGCCCGUCUUCUUCGGCUGCGACGUCGGCCAGUCCUCCGAGCGCACCCAGGGCAUCAUGGAUACCGCGCUCUUCGAAUACGAGCACGCCUUCGACAUCAAGCUCGGCCUCACCAAGGCCGAGCGCCUCCAGGUCGGCGAGUCCGCCAUGACGCACGCCAUGGUCAUCUCCGCCGUGCACCUCGACCCCGCGGGCAAGCCCGUGCGCUACAAGGUCGAGAACUCGUGGGGCGACGCGGUCGGGGACAAGGGCUACUUCGUGAUGACGGACGCGUGGUUCGAGGAGUAUGUGUACCAGAUUGUUGUGCCGAAGGCGCUGGCGCCGCGCGACCUCGUGGCCGUCUUUGAGGGCAAGGAGAAGACGGUGUUCCCGCCGUGGGACCCGAUGGGCACCCUGGCGUGAGAGGUAGACCGCAUGCAGAUAAAUACAUAUUAUGGCAGUUCGGAACAUGUAUAUAUAUAAACGGGUCAUUCUUCACGUUCUGCAUGCACGCUGUCGCUUUCCCGCAAGGCUUUCCAAAAUCUAUCGUGAACCGUUGACGAGACUUGUCGACCAAUACUCCUGCUGACGCAUUCCAUGAUUGCUUCUGGUGAUGCUGGUGA